CUGAAGGAAGAAGUAGGAUACAUCGACGGAAGGCGAACGGAGGAGGAGCCGCUUGUUUCGGGCCUUGGGAAGGAGGUGGCUGAAGCGGGUACCUGGGCAAAAGCUUUGGUAUGAGGAGAAAGCGGCGGCGGCGGCGGAGGUGGCUGCUGUGAGGGCGGAAGGAAGAGGAGCGGAGCCGGAGGAGAAGGGAGGAGAGCCGAGUGACCGGUGCACCUCUCCCAGCCCCGCCGCCCCGACCGCCAAAAUGGAUGAACAGGAGGCUUUGAAUUCUAUCAUGAAGGACUUGGUUGCCCUCCAAAUGAGCCGGCGUCCCAGACUGUCUGGUUUUGAUAGCAUGAAGAACAAAGAUUCUCCACAUUCCAAUAGACAGAAAAAACACAGUGCCAGCAACCCAGGUCUCCUCAACAACCUUAUGAUAAGAAAACAAAAUAGUCUUGCAGUAGAGGAAAAAAAGUCACAGAGUGACAUCAGGAUAAAGUUUGAACAUAAUGGGGAAAGGCGAAUUAUCCCCUUUAUCCGGCCUGUCCGCUAUGAGGAUGUUCAGCAGAAAGUGAAAACAGCUUUUGGGCAGCCACUGGAUCUCUACUACAUGAAUAAUGAGUUAUCUAUUCCUUUGAAAAGUCAAGAUGACCUUGAUAAGGCAAUAGAUCUGUUAGACCGAAGCUCAAAUGUGAAAAGCCUUAGAAUAUUACUGCUGUCUCAGGAUAAAAAUCAUCAGAUCAGUCUCUCGUCCCAUUCAGGGAUGCCAAAGCAAGUCAGAAUCAAAACUUCCCAAUCUAUGGGAGAUGUAAACACUGCCUACCAGCCACUUGAAACCCGAAGCAGACACCUGUCCAUCAGUUCUCAGAAUACAGGUCGAAGUUCACCCCCACCAGGUUACGUCCCAGAGAGACAGCAGCGAAUUGCUCGCCAGGGGUCCUAUACCAGCAUAAACAGUGAAGGAGAAUUUAUACCGGAGACCAAUGAACAAAGUAUGUUGGAUCCCUUAAGCAGUGCUGAAAACUCCCUAUCUGGUAGUUGUCAGUCCUUGAGCCAGCCAGGAGAAAGCCUUUCGUUCCGAAAAUCCUGCAUGUCCAGAGCCCAGAGCUUUCCAGAUAAUAGGCAAGAUUUCUCAGAUCGUGAGAAUCAAAUCUUUGAUAAAGCUGAGAAAAGUGGGACUUACCCUCGGCGUUACCAUGUCUCUAUGCAGUAUAAAGAUUACAAUGAUGGCCGUAGAACAUUUCCUCGCAUUCGACGCCAACAGGGCAACCUCUUCACACUGGUACCAUCAAGCCGUUCCUUAAGCACGAAUGGGGAGAACCUUGGUCUGACGGUUCAGUAUCUAGACACCUGUUGUCGUAUGUGGAGUGCUGACAGUGAGAAUGCACUCACUGUGCAGGAGAGGAACAUCCCAACUAAAUCUCCAAGUGCUCCAGUCAACUGGCGACGCGGGAAACUCCUAGGACAAGGUGCCUUUGGCCGGGUAUACCUAUGCUAUGAUGUAGAUACAGGCAGAGAACUUGCAGCUAAACAGGUCCAGUUUGACCCAGACAGUCCCGAAACAAGCAAGGAAGUGAGUGCAUUGGAAUGUGAGAUUCAGCUACUGAAGAACCUUCAGCAUGAGCGGAUUGUUCAGUAUUAUGGAUGUUUAAGAGACCGAGCAGAAAAGACCCUGAGCAUUUUCAUGGAGUACAUGCCAGGGGGUUCUGUCAAAGAUCAGCUGAAAGCCUAUGGUGCACUAACGGAAAAUGUUACUCGAAAAUACACUCGGCAGAUUCUUGAAGGAGUCUGUUAUCUUCACAGCAACAUGAUUGUACACAGAGAUAUUAAAGGAGCCAAUAUUCUCAGAGAUUCUGUGGGCAACGUGAAGCUUGGAGACUUCGGGGCUAGCAAGCGGCUGCAGACAAUCUGCAUGUCUGGCACUGGCAUCCGCUCUGUCACGGGCACUCCUUACUGGAUGAGUCCGGAAGUGAUCAGUGGAGAGGGCUAUGGAAGAAAAGCUGACAUCUGGAGCCUUGCCUGUACUGUUGUGGAAAUGUUAACUGAGAAACCACCCUGGGCAGAAUAUGAAGCUAUGGCAGCCAUUUUCAAGAUUGCUACACAGCCUACUAACCCCCAGCUUCCUACUCAUAUAUCAGAACCUUGCCGGGACUUCUUAAGGCAGAUCUUUGUGGAAGCCAGGAAGAGACCUUCAGCUGAAGAGUUGCUCCAGCAUCAUUUUGCCCAGCUCUCCUACUGAAUUACUGCCUCUGAUUCCAUUUUUAGAUGAUACUGUUGUCUGAAGUGUUGUGGCCUAUAUCAGAGAGUCCACUCCAAAACGUUGGCAGAUGGACAUUCUGUUUGCCUAGUAAGAUAGCGUGUACAAGGGCAAUGCAAAAGUCAGCCAGUUUCAUUUUGGUAUCUUCAUUCUGAGGGAUUGAUGCUUUCUCUGUCACUACCCAUGUGGUGACAUGGUAUUUGGCACGUGGCUAGGAACAAUCUCAAAUGCUUCAUUUGACUAUAGAUCCAUCUCUGAAACUUGGGGAAAUGAAAAAGGAUGAAAUGGGCUCUUGAGAAUGGCUAAAAGCUACAAAAAUGUGUAUUGGGCUCAUAUUACCACUGUUUUGACAGCUUUUCAGGUUGCAGGGUGUUGUUUCUCCUUCUCUUUAGCCCUCCCCUCUAUCCAUGUUUCUGGAUAACGGGAGUGGGGAGGAGAUUCCCAUGGAUCAAAUGUACAAUGGAAUCUAGAUGGAAUAAAGGUUCCCUGAAUGAAAUAAGGAAAUCGAGUUCCAUUCUGGCAGUUGUCUAAAGGUGCAAUGCAGAACUGUGUGUUCUGUGUCUAUGUAGUGAUCACGGGCUAACUCAAUUUUUGUCUAGGAAAAAAAAAAAUCAGUAUUGUGGGGCUUGACACUUUUAACUUCUAUUUUUUUAAAGCAGUCUAGGCAUUAUUGCAUUAGACUAGGAAUUCAUAUGGGAGAUAUUAAGAAUUUUUUGAAAUUAACAGGGAGCUGAGCAAGGCAUGGUGCUCCUUCUAUGAAUGUCAAAAGUCAGUAAAUAAAAUGAGGAAUGUAUAUGGAAUUUUACAUUAAUUGCAGAAUUUAUCCAGAUUGUAGAAUGUGCCCAUUUUAUGGAUUGUAUUGCACAGGAUAUCAUGCAAUAAAUAGAUUGUGGUGAGGACUAUUGUGAGGAAGCAUGGUAUCAAUGUGCUGCCUUUAGAUGGCUGUUAGUUGGAUAAAAUAUUUCCUUCUACACAGUUAAGAUAUUAUGCUACAGUUAUAAUUGACAUGAAAAUAUCUCAAUUACUGUGAAACAUUCAGUCUCGUAUACCUCCAUUCGAUAGCUUCAUCCAUCCAAAUCUCUUUCACGGGAUAACCUCCCCCCAAAAAAGUUUCUAACCAAAGAUUAUUUCAUUGCUGCCAAGAUCAGUCUUCAAGGAGAAGCAAGGUAUUACUGCUAAGCCUAGACAGGAUUGUUCAUACUGAACAGAACUACCUUUUCCAGGUGCUUGUAAUGGAAAAAUUGGGGCAAGGAGAAGUGAUAUUACUCAUCUGUCUUUAUACAUUCUGGGUUUUCUGCAUUCUGGGUUUUCUGCAUGCUUUUCUGGUCUUUAGAAGAAUAGCUUCUAAAGUUUGAGACCAUCUUUUCCCAUAGUUCUGCAGAGCUGAAGUUUGUUAAUCUUGAUUAUUUUCUAAGAAACUUUGUUUUUUUUUCUUUAAGAGGCACUUCUAUCAGAUUUAAUUGAGUACAAUCAGAGAGCAAACUUCUUGAUCUCUCAAAUGUUUGGUUGCCAACAGCAUACCUUUAUUAUAUAAAAUGUUGGAUUAGAACCACUCAGACAGGACCUCUAUGAGAUCUAUGAGUAUCUCCGUUAUUCAUUAUGUAGCAAAUCAUGUACACUCCAGGAGCGUUAAAAAGGAUUCUGCUUUGCAAACAGCAUUCUGCCACUUGUGAUACUUCAGGUGUUUGCUGUUAACCUUGCAAAGAUAUAUAUAUUAAUCUACCCUUGCUCUAGCCACCCAUUUGUCAAGUGUUUGCACCUCUGCAAAACUGAGAUUCAGUCUCAUCUGUCACUUUAUACAAAGUUGCAUGUGGUUGUUUCUAACAAGAUUGCAACCUACCUACCAGCCUCAGAUGUUAAAGAAAGUGGGGGGGGGGGGAGCAGCGCUUUCAGUCAAUUUGCAGGACUUCUUUUAAAGCAGAAUGCAAUUGAUAUGCAGGUAAAAGCAGUUCUUUUCUGCCGUCUCCAGUCUUGUAGUUGUGCCAAAAGGCCAGACCAAGUAUCUUGUUGUGCUCGAAUUUUCUGUCAUAUUUGCUUAAGAAUGUCUAUGGCUUUAUAACAAAUAAAGUUAUAUAAGUUACAUAAGUAUCUGUAUGGAUCUAAAAAUGCUACCGUGAUUUCCUUUUUUUAGUUCAUUUGCCAACAUGUCUGUAGGUCUUGGUUUGUAAAACACAAAUAUUCUUUUUCAAGACAACAACGUUGAGUUAUGGCAUUUCCUUUGAUUUCAGCAAAUAACCAGCAAUAGAGUUGGUCCCUCAUCUUUGAGAAUAUGAUAUGUUGCCUUGGCUCCUCACUGGGUGGAUAAGCAUAAUAAGCCAAAGCAUUAUUCAUAUGGUCAGCAGUGCACUUUUAUAAAUAUAUUUAUAUCACUUUCUUAUUAAGCAUUUUACUUCAUGUAAAGAAAUUAUGAUGUCUCAUACUUUUUAUUUAUGCCAUACUUGUUUAUGUUUAUAUAUGUGUACAGCAAUUAUUAUGGAAUGGGGAGGGAGAAAUUGACAUCUUUGUGAAUUUUUAAAAAGGGGAAAAAAGCAGCUGGUUUUGCAAAGAUUUUUGAUUACUGUUUAUUACAAGAUGUAUCAGGUCAAAAUGCCUUUUUGUUUCCUUGCUAAUGUUUUUUUUUUGGGGGGGGGAGUAAGUGAAACAGAAUAACAAUAUAGAAAUGGCAAUUUGGAAUAAUAGAAAGCCACAAAUUAGAUAUAUUAGAGACCAUCAGUCUCAUGUGUUACUGUUGAUAUAACACACAAAGUCUUCAUCGAGCUUAUUGCAAUUGCUUCACAAAACAAC